AUGUCUGUUGAAGCCCUUCAGGUCGCUCUCUCUGCGUUGAAAGACACCUACUGGCCUUACAUCGUUCGCGCACUUGGGAAUCCAGCAACUAGUCUUUUAUUUGAUUUGAUUGACCCAGCCUGUCUUAACCUUCCCACCAGUCUCAAAGAACUUCAACAGCGCACCAAGCAAAAUUUCAUUCGCUUCCACGCCGUGGCCCCAAAUGACGAACUGCAGAGUGAGGCGAUGGGUCUUUGCCACUCCCUGUUUUGCGAGGCUUCUAAUGGAAAGCUCUUCCUCGCCGAGCUUCCAGACAACGCUCAGAAAAUCUUAGAUGUUGGGACUGGGACAGGCGCGUGGGCUAUCGAAGUUGGCGAAGCUCAUCCACACGCCCUCGUGAUUGGAACUGACCUAUCACCGAUUCAGCCUCAACAUGUUCCGCCGAACGUAGAGUUCCAGAUUGAUGACUUCAACGAACCGUGGACAUUCAAAGACAAUUCGCUUGACUACAUCAACAUGCGGUUUCUGACUGGAUCCGUUCGUGAUUGGAAAUUCCUAGUGGGGGAAGCCUAUCGCUGCCUGAAAGAAGAUGGGAUUCUGGAAAGUUCGGAGCCAUCAUUUCUCAUCGAGAGCGACGACGGCACGGUGGACCAGACAAGUGCCUAG